ACACACCAUCACCUUUCUCUCUUCGUUAACAUUACAAUCUCUUCAUUUUCUUCAUUAGACCACAAAACUUCACUAUAACCUAACAUGGCAACGAGUCAUCCUGAUCCAACCAACUCUUGCCACGUGGCAGUAAUCGGAGCCGGAGCCGCUGGACUCGUAGCUGCUCGUGAGCUACGUCGUGAAGGCCACUCAGUUGUCGUCUUAGAGCGCGGGAGCCAAAUCGGAGGCGUGUGGGCUUACACCUCUGAAGUCGAACCUGACCCGCUUAGCCUCGAUCCGACCCGACCCGUCGUCCACUCGAGCCUCUACAGAUCCCUACGUACCAACAUCCCCAGAGAAUGCAUGGGUUUCACCGACUUCCCUUUUGCGACCCGACCACACGACGGGUCGAGGGAUCCGAGAAGACACCCGGCUCAUACUGAGGUUCUUGCUUACCUGCGAGACUUCGCUAAAGAAUUCGAUAUCGAGGAGAUGGUAAGGUUCGAGACUGAGGUUGUUAAGGCGGAGCAGAUGGCGGCGGAGGGGGAGGAGAGAGGGAAGUGGAUGGUUGAAUCGAGAAGCUCCGAUGGUGUUGCCAACGAGAUAUACGACGCCGUUGUGGUUUGUAACGGACACUAUACAGAGCCUCGUCAUGCUCUUAUCACUGGCAUAGAUUCAUGGCCAGGCAAGCAAAUUCACAGCCACAAUUACCGUGUUCCUGAUCAAUUCAAAGAUCAGGUGGUGAUAGUGAUCGGAAGCUCAGCGAGUGGAGUUGAUAUAUGCAGAGAUAUAGCGCAGGUCGCGAAAGAAGUCCACGUAUCAUCUAGAUCAACUUCACCAGAGACCUACGAGAAGCUUCCCGGUUACGACAAUCUAUGGCUUCACUCAACGAUUGAAAUUGCCCGCGAAGACGGUUCGGUGGUUUUCGAGAACGGAAAGACAGUUUACGCGGAUACCAUUAUGCAUUGUACCGGGUACAAGUAUUACUUCCCGUUUCUUGACACGAAAGGUGAAGUGACUGUCGACGAUAAUCGUGUUGGACCGUUGUAUAAGCACGUAUUUCCUCCAGCUCUUGCCCCGAGCAUUUCGUUUAUCGGCUUACCAUGGCAGAUCACUCCCUUUCCGAUGUUUGAGCUUCAAAGUAAGUGGGUCGCAGCGGUCUUGUCCGGCCGAGUAUCUCUCCCAUCGCAAGACGAGAUGAUGGAAGACACUAAGGCAUUCUACGAUAAGCUCGAAGCCUCGGGGAUUCCCAAAAGAUAUACACAUUUGAUGCCUGAUGACUCUCAGUUUGAAUACGACAAUUGGCUUGCGGAUCAAUGUGAAUAUCCCCGGAUAGAGAAAUGGAGAGAACAAAUGUUUUACAUUGGUUUCAAGAGAAUAUAUGCACAAUCCGCUACAUAUAGGGAUAAUUGGGACGAUGAUCAUCUCAUUGUAGAAGCAUACGAUGAUUUCGUCAAAUUUAUGUCAAGCUAUCAAGAACUUUUGCCGAUGCUCAAAGCCUAAUGAUAAUUGACGUGGGAGCUUUGGUAUGUGAAAACGAUGCGUGGGUAUAUGUGUUAUGUAAUUUGUAAGUGUGUCUUGUGGUUGCUAUGUUUUCCAAAAUGUGAAAAAGUAGAGUAAUAGUGUUAUUGUAUAUGGGGACUAACUGUAAAACAAUAAGAUAUGGAAUGAUUU